GCGCUCAUGCGCGGUUUCUUGUGCACACAACUUCACGCUUGACAUAUCGAGUACUUUAUUUUACUCUCUUUUUAUCUCUACGCGUGUGUUUAUGAUAAGUAAUUCGCAUUUAUAAGAGAUAUAUUUACAUAAUUGUAUAUGCACAGUUCCAAAGUAUCACAAUACUACAAGGUUCUAUAAGAGCAAUUUGAGAGUUUGUAUUAAAGAAGAUACAAAGAAAGCAUAGAUACUUGAUAGAAGAAAUAAGAUUCAAUCUCAUGAGUAAUAUUAAGCAAGGAUUUGUUGCUGUGCACGUAGGUGCUGGACAACAUUCAAUGUCACUUAAAGAAAAAUAUCAGAAGUUGUGUCGUGAAGCAUGCAAAGUGGGAACCACAAGUCUAAGAUUUGGUGGUAGCGCGUUGGAUGCAGUGGUUGAUACAGUAAUGAUAUUGGAAGAUUCUCCCAUGACAAAUGCUGGAUUUGGAUCAAAUCUUACUCUGAAUGGAACGGUAGAAUGUGAUGCAAGUGUAAUGGAUGGUAGUAAUCUGCAGUUUGGUGCGGUCGGUGCAGUUAGUGGCAUAAAAAAUCCUGUCUUAUUGGCAAAGCGUUUAUGUGAGCAACAAUCCAUUAAGUUUGCAUACGGUAGAAUCCCACCUAGCUUUUUGGUUGGUAACGGUGCACAUAUUUGGGCACACGAGAUGGGCAUACAGACCUUACCACCAGAAAACUUAAUAUCAGUAAGAGCUCAGAAAAUAUACAAACAUUACAAAAGGAAGGUCGAGAGCUGCAGUGCAGAUAAUCAAAAGUGUGCUAAGAAAAGGAUGGACACAGUAGGUGCAAUAUGUGUCGAUGGUGAAGGAAAUAUCGCUGCGGCUUGCUCGAGUGGUGGUAUAAUUCUCAAAUAUCCUGGAAGAGUUGGACAGGCUGGAGUAUGGGGCUGCGGUGCCUGGGCAAGUAAAGAAUCUUCUUAUUCGAUAGGCGCUAGCACGUCGGGCUGCGGAGAACAUCUCGUACGCACUUCGUUAGCGCGUACAGUCGCAGAAGCUAUUUCAAAUACAUCUUGUCCAACUACGAGCUUGCAUCGAGCGAUGAACGAGGAUUUUAUCGAUUCAAAAUUUCUCUACGGACUUGAACAGAAACUUGGCGGUGUCAUCACCAUACGGUAUUCGCCGCAAGAAGGUUUAGGCGAUUUUCUAUGGAGCCAUACCACAAAUUCUAUGAUAAUUGGUUAUAUGAAUACUUGCGAACGUGCACCAAUGAGUUACAUGUCGGUUUUGCCAUCACACGAAGUAGGUAAGAAAGCUAUCGUCGAAGGUGUCUGCUUCAAAAUAACGGGACUUGACAAAGUUUGACAAGUAAGACUGUGCAUUAUUUCGAAAUAACAAAUUUCUGCAAAAAUAAUUUAUUCAAAUAAUAGCUUAAAAUACUUUAUAUACAAAAUUUUUAUACCACAUUAAUGUUCCAUGAAGUAACGCUGCUGCCGAGUUAAAUAAUUUUACGUAACCAUAAUUUUAUAAAAUAUGGUGCAUAUAUUUUCAUAGAUUUCAUAUUGUUAACUUGUGCAAACAAAUCGAUUACUGAUGAAUGGAUAUUGAUUGUUAACAUAUGAAAAUACAAUGUAUCUUGAUAACGA